CAUGCAACUGGUAGUAUUUAUUUACCAACAUACGAUUUUUCGGCGAAAUAAUUUAGUUGUUUUGUUGGAAAAUGUAAUUAGAGCAAUUUAGCUAGCUGCUAAUUUUCACAGCCAGUGUUCUGCAGUAGCUUGUUUUGUUUCUUAAUGACGCGUUGAUAAAGUUCACCAAAUAACCACGGUUUCCGACACUGAAAAUGGCAAUUUCCCUGAAUCGUGAAGUUCACAGUCCAAAUAACCCGCUUGUUUUUAUGGAUAUCCAAAUAGGUAAAGAACAUGUUGGAAGGAUACUGAUUGAAUUGCGCGCUGAUAUCGUUCCGCGAACGGCGGAAAACUUUCGUGCCCUUUGUACUGGGGAAAAGGGCACUGCGGAUACCACUGGAACCCGGUUGCACUACAAGGGCAGUAAAUUCCAUAAAGUAAAAUCCCUAUUUAUGUCCCAAGGUGGAGAUAUUGUGAAAUUUGAUGGUUCCAGUGGAGAAAGUAUUUAUGGAAAAACAUUCGAAGAUGAAAACUUUUCGUUACUGCACGAAGACGGUGCGGUAAGUAUGGUUAACUUGGGUAAACCGGACACUAACAACUCGCAGUUUUUUAUUACAUCCGGCGAGUGUCCUCAUCUGAACGGAACAAAUGUCGUGUUCGGUUAUGUUAUUAGAGGAAUCGGUGUUAUCGGAGAAAUGGAAAGGUGCACCACAGAGGAAGGCCAUCCAACGGAGGAUAUCGUUAUUGUGAACUGUGGCCAAAUUGCGCCAGGUGCCGACUGGGGCCUUAACGAUGAUGACGAAACUGAAGACAAACUACCGCCGUUUCCGAAGGAUUGGGGCAAAUUUGAAAAUGAUUUCACUAUAAGCGAGAUGCUUGCCGAGCUAAACUGUAUUAAAGCAGCUGGUAAUUAUUAUUUCAAGCACCAGCGAUGGAUUGAAGCCGCUCGCCGUUACAAAAAAGCCGGGCGAUACUUCGAUUUCUUCAACAACAAAAUCCGAUUCAUCGAAGACCGCAUGAAACUGGAACAAUUUCAGCUUGCAAAUUAUCUGAACCUGGCGGCAGUUUACCUUAAGCUCGGGCAAAACGAUGAAGUGGUGUAUGUCUGCACGGCAGCACUGGCUCUCGAUCCGCACAACUCCAAGGCUCUCUUCCGGCGAGGACUAGCCCAUAACAAGCUGAAAAACUACGAAAAGGCAAUCGAUGACCUGCGACUGGUGCGGGAACGUAUCCCCAACGACAAACUAAUUUUGAGCGAAUAUGCUCAGGCAAAGAGCAAUCUGGGCGAUUACAUGGCGCAACAAAAAAUCGCGUUGUCAAGUCUGUUCAAGUAGAUUGUGGUUUUGUACUUAUGAAGGACAGAACAGCGUACCUAUGUGUUUGUAGCCAAGUGUGUCCUAAUCUGUAUAACGAAAAUUUCAAACCUUCGGUAACUUUUUGCAGCUUGUGAUUUUUAGAAAAAUUUAGGGGAAAGUUUUAGUUAGAAGGACAAUGUAGGUGAGGAUCUUAAUGUGAAAUUAGACAUUUUGGAAAUUAUUCCGCACAUAUACAAAAAAUAGAUUAGGAAUUUAAUAGAACCCUUUAUUUUCAAUGUUAAUUUUAAGAAGUCUAUAGAUCGUGCCACCCUACCAGCCGAAACUUUAAACGUGUUUUGACGUAGGACUACGUCUUUGUUUUCUAUACUAGAUUACACUUUGUGAAAAUGAAAAUGAAACUGGCAAAUGUUGCGUCAGAUUUCAAACGGUUAUAGCAAGCGAACGACUAAAUGCAUCUUAGUCAUUUAUAUUUCGGUGGAUAGAUAAAAUGUGUAACAAUUUUUUGAUAUUAUGUUUAACAUUGUUGCUUUACUGCUUAAUGGUGGAAAAAGGUGAAAAGUUCCAAGGUCAAGCUUUCCCAUACAUUUCCCUUGUUCUUGGCUUGCUUCCCAAGCACAGAUAACAAUAACAUGGACGAAAUAAAUUCCACUGCCUACAUAUUUUGACUCAACAAA